CUCCUUUUUAUUCACAACAAUGAACAACAACCACCCCACCACCAACAACAAUAACAAUUUCAGAGACACAGAAGAAGAAGAAGAUGAAGAACCACUAACUCGGACGAGUUCACUCACCUCCCUCACCGAGUCCACGUACCUUCUUCAUAUUCUACAACCGAUCCAUUCAUGGAUAAGCAGAUGCAGGGAAUUAUGCAAACGGAAGAAUGGACAGAUGAGAAACACAGCAUGUAUAUCAAGUCCAUAGAAGCAUCUUUUGUUAGUCAGUUAUAUGAAUCCAAGCAACCUGCUACCACUUAUGGCCAGUUUAAGGUCCAUCGCGGUGGCUUUUGGCAAAAGAUAAGUUUUGAGAGGGAGAAUCCGCAAAUGAGUAGUACUAGUAGGAUUAACCAGUGCGCUGAUUUAACAGCAAAUCCAUGGAUUCAACACUACCGAUCUUCACGUGUAGCAGCUCCAUCCCUUACAAGUGAAGUUGUUAAAUUUGGCCAAAAGAAGGGAAUUUCCUCUAAAUCUGGGCAAUUUCAUUUGUCUGAAUCAUAUGUAUCUGAUCAAGAUAUGAUAUGUGAUGAUACAGAGAUGUCAGAUCAGAACUUCAUUGAUGAAGAAGAGGAAGGUGAAAAUGAAAACAGCAUAGGCAACGUGAAACGACAUACAUCUAUGGCAACUGAUGCAAAAGCCAAUGAUCAGAUGGUCCCUAUCAGAAAAUCUUCUUCCAUUGGAGAUGUUACGAAGAAAUGUGUUUCUGCUGUUUAGAGUAAGAGGGGUUUUCAUAUAAGGGAUGUACCUUUUGGCUGAUAGAUUUGACUUGUAACUAGGAAUUUAAGAGAAAAGGCUUUUAUGUAUAUCCACGCUUUGGAUCAUUUUCUAGAGUGGUUGGCGUCAGGCAUGGAGAAAAAAACAUAGGGGUAGUUGUUUUUAGCUCAUGUUGAGGAUGUGUGUAUAUACAAAGAGCUUUUGUGAAUUUUAUGAUUUAUGAUUGAAACUAAUUUGAGUCA